UUCGGGUUCGGGGUUGGGAUGGAUCUAGUAAUUACAUACCCGUACCCGACUUUUGAUUAUCGAGGAAAACCUGAAUCCAUACCCGGUCAACUCAGGUAUUACCUGUCAAAGUCGGGACGAAUUCGAACGGGUACUUACAGGUACAAGUUUUCUUGUCAUGUCUAAUCAUGAUAAUACAACUUAACAAGUAAUCUAGACCUGUAGUGAUACAUGCAACAUUAAAUUACUGAAGAGAAAACUUUACCGUUAAUAAUAGUCUUAAUCUACUAGAAUAGUUACAUCCAAUGUGUGAUCUAGAGCAAAAAUAAUAAGAUCAUAGUAGAUGAACAUGACACUGAGUUAACAAGAAAUACUUUCAUCAAACAAAGCAUGUUCUUACACAUGGAUGAGAGAACAAGAAUAAGCUCACCCCAUAUAGACCCAAAAAGCGGAUUCAACCGCGCUUCUAUGACCUUCCCCAGUCUCAAGCCACCACUCCUCCUUCCUCCUCCGAAUGCCGCUGUCUCCGUCUCAACCUACGUCCUCCCCCUCCGAUGCAACUCGCUGAGGCCAAACUUGGUCACCGCCAUUAUCGAUGCCGCCACCGGCCACCUCCUCUCCUACGGGGAGUUCAUCCAUCGUGCUCAAAUCCUAGCCACCAACCUCACCAUCGUCCUCAAACUCUCCAAAGGCGACACCACACUGGUUCUCCACCCAAACCUAAUCCAAGUUCCAAUUCUCUACUUCGCACUUCUUUCCCUCGACGUGGUCCUCUCUCCAGUGAACCCUCUCUCCACGUGCUCUGAGCUCACGCGUCUCUUCAACAUCAGCAAUUCAUCAAUCAUCUUCGCAGUAUCUUUAGUCGCUGAAAAAACACAUGAGUUUCAUGUCUGAACAAUCCUCCUUGACUCGCUCGAGUUUGACUUGCUCACUAAGAACAUCUCUAGUGCAAGUUUCUUCCCAGUUGUGGGUUCCUUCAUUGUUGAGAAUCGUUUCUUAUAUAAUAAUUAAAAAAAUGAUUUUCUCACCCAGAACAGAUAUCUAAACCAUUAAAAAAUUAUUGUCACAUAGAACAGUUUAACACGAGGGAAAAUAACUGUCACCUAGAACAGAUAUCUAAACCAUUAAAAGAUGAUGUUGUCACAGAGAACAGUUUAACAUGAGGGAAAAUAACUGUUCAAGAAAAGAAUAGUAAACAGAAACUCAUUGAACAACCACAAUAAAUCCCAAUAAUCAUCAAAUUUGAAAAAAAAUGUGAUUCAAAUCCAGAUUCAAGCAAAAUAAUAAAGGGGGAAAAAGGAACAAAGGGGAAAAUCAGAUGCCAACAAAGGUGAUGAUAGACGUACGAUGACGGAGGUGUUGACGUCAACGAAGGUGAUGCCAGGCGCAACCAUGGCCGAAGAUGCGACCAUGGUUGGAGGUGUUGACGCCAAGUGAAGGUGAGGCCAUACGAAGGUGAUGGCAGCGGGAAGGAAGAAGAUAGAAAGGUGACCAUGUCGGCAAUGAAGGAAAGAUUGCGAGUGACUCGGAGAUCCUGUGCGAGUGACUUAGUCCGACGUGAUAGUGAUUCCCUACUCCUCUAGCACCGCAGGGAACAUGAAGGGCGUGAUGUUGACACAUCGUAACCUAACAACAUUAGCCACGAGAUACGACGUCGUUAGGGUGAAUAGAAAGCACCCCGCAAUGUUCCUCAUUACAACGCCGUUUUUGAAUGUGUACAGGUUUGUGUUAGUUCUAAGGGUGGUGGUUAUGUCGAACACGAUGGUGCCCAAAGAGAGGUGUAGUUUGAGGGAGAUGCUCACCUCCGUGGAGUGUAAAUCUUAAAGAGUUUUCUAAAUUAACAAUUAUAGAAAACCAAUAGAAUCUUGAAAUAUAUGAUUCUCACAAAUAUUAAGUAAACAAUACAUACCUUUAAUCAUAGUGAAAUUUCUUUCCGAUGCACUUUAAUUCCUUGGAAGAAGAAAAAAUAUAAAAUUUUACUUCCUUGACUAUUAUUUCUAUCUUUGCAUUCAUGAUGAUUAGGGUUAGAGGUAACACUUUUCUAUCAUGAAAAAGAUCUUGUCUCACGUUAGUGAAUAUUAAUUCCUUUAUAAACAUUACUCAUAUCAAACAACAGUUAAAUUUUUCAUAUUAAAUCUAAUUACAAUUUAAUCAUUAAUUAUUAUUUAUUUAUUUAUUAUUACUUACAUAAGUCACAUAUUAAUUCUAACAUGGGAAGGUUUUGAGUGACGAAUCUCGAGGUGGUGCCAGCCCAUAUGCUGGCUGUCAUGAAAGACGGGGUCACCCAUAGGUGCGAUUUGAGGUCGUUGGUACAGGUUUGACCAUGUAAUCAUAAUCUCAAUAACAUAAAUUUUAGAAUUAUUGAUAAAUAUGAAGAGAAAAAAAAGUAGUGUUUUUUAGUACGAAUUAAUUAUUCCGAAAUCGAGCAAGUACAGUGAGGUACAUGUAAAAGUUCUUUUCUCACACAAAGGUGUUCAAUGUUCAUGUGUGUAGUGUUGAUGUUUUUCGCUUUUGGAUAAGUCAACACCUGAAUGACUACAAUUUAAUUUUUAUCACUAAAA